AUGUCGGCAUCGAUCACAUGCUUUGCGGCUUUUCAGGGACUCGCAACGAGCCUGGACACGCUAUGCGCUCAAGCGUUCGGAUCCGGACAGAGGCAACUGGUCGGGCUGUAUUGCCAACGCAUGAUGAUGUUCCUUCUCUGUCUAUCGGUUCCGAUAGCGAUCCUAUGGUACGCGUCCGAGCCGGUUCUUCUCAAGAUCGUCCCCGACACCAAUACUGCGCACCUGUGUAGCUUGUACCUCAGAGUCCUGGUCUUUGCAAUUCCGGGCUACGCCGCGUUCGAAACAGGCAAGCGGUUUCUCCAGGCUCAGGGGUUGUUCAGCGCAACCACAUACAUUCUGCUCAUUGGCGCGCCUUUCAAUGCAAUACUCAUGUGGCUUCUCGUCUGGAAGCUCGAGCUUGGCUUUGUUGGCGCUCCAAUAUCUGUUGCUAUGACAAGGACGUUGCUGCCCGUACUCCUUGUUCUCUAUGUCAGAUACUCUAAAGGCUCGCAGUGCUGGGGAGGGUUUACCAAGCGAGCUUUUGCCAACUUUCGGAGUAUGAUCAGACUUUCUCUACCAGGAAUGGUCAUGGUAGAAGCCGAGUGGCUCGUUUUUGAGAUUAUUACUCUCCUUUCUACCCGAUUCGGUAUCGAGUACCUUGCGGCGCAGAGCAUAAUUUUCACCCUUACCACUCUGUCGUAUCAGAUCCUCUUUUCUCUGUCUAUCGCCGCGUCUACUAGGGUUGCUCGCCUUAUCGGGGCUGGCAGAGUCAAAGAUGCAAGGCUCGCAGCGAAAGUGGCCGUCAUCACGUCUUGUUUGUCAACGCUGCCCAUUUCUCUGGCUUGGCUUACGUUGCGGCAUAAGCUCCCGUACAUGUUCACGGAGGAUGAAGGGGUUGCUGGCCUCGUCACGCAGACUUUACCCGUCAUUGCCGUAAUGGUACAUUUCGACGGCCUCGGGGUCUCAUUCAUAGAGUAUGCCUACUUGCUCAUGGCGGACUGGGAGAAGGCUGUUUUGGAGGCGGCUUCCAGAAACUCGGCAGGCUAA